GUGACCACGCUGGCUCCACCGAUGCGUCCCACUCCCUCCCUUCCCCUUCUGUCUUUCUUCUUGCCUCUGUCCGUUUCUUUCACUCGGCAUACACAGUAGCACACACCUAUCAUCCAUCGUAUCUUCCGCACGCAUCCUGCUCGUUCUCGGCUCCGUUGUCCGCGCGUAAGAGCGCUUUAUGGUGGCGCACAGCAUGGCAACCCUGCACCUGAAAGGCUUCGACUCCUCGCCGCACCUGUGUGUGGUACUGCUGAUGAUCGCCUCGGUUUGGAUGGCAUGCACCGGACCUGUACACGGCGGCGACUCCGGGGGGUUGGCGUUGCACCGGAUUGACGGGGCGGACCGCGCGCUGGACAGCGGCGAUGGCGUCACGGACGGCGGAUCGGUGGAAGGGGGAGCGAUUCUGGAGCAUUUGUCCCGUUUGAGGAGAGCGGCGACGUCCCAGGGCAGAGUGUCCCCCCUGCUGAGCAGCUCCUCGUUCGUGCUCAAGGGAGAUGCCACGCACAACCAGGCGAUGGUCCACUGGACGGGGGAGAACAGCAGCGUCAUCCUCAUACUGACCAAGUACUACCACGCAGACUCCUCCAAAGUGCUGGAGAGCUCGCUCUGGAGGUAA